AUGCCCGUCGACCAGCCAUCGCCUUCCGACCACGUUAUCAGGUCACAGAAUCGGCCAGCAGUUGCAUGUGAGAGAUGCAACCGGAAAAAGGUCCGUUGUGAUGCCUCAGUGAAUGGUGUCCCGUGCACCCGAUGUAGAAGGACCAUUUCCAAGGACUGCCGACUGCUCAAAUGGAAGCGCUCAAGAGGUCCAGAUGGACGAUACAACACUGUCUCAAAACCGGACGCCGCCAUCCAAGUCAACCCCUCGGGCUACCCUAGUAUCUUGCACUCUCAACCAGCAUCCCGGGCGACCACACCGGUACAGUCCUCCGUUGUGCCAGAAUUUGAUAUCGUCAGACUGGUUGGCGCUCCAGGAAAUCGAUACGCAGAACCUGGCUCGCAUGGUGAUUUACGCAUCCCCAGUCCAUCAACCACUGCUGCUGUGGACCUGUCUUCUCGGACGCCGCACGACAACGGGGCCAACUUUGUGGGUGAGAGCUGGUGGGCACAUUACGUGCUGAGUACCUCCGCUGCCGCUCCCACCGAGCUACAUGGCUUCAUCGGCAGACCACAAACAGAGUCGUCAACCAGGGAUUCGAGCUCGUCGAGUGAUGCUGGCCUGCCUGCCGAUUUUCCUCCACCGCACCUGACCAGGCAGCUCAUUGAAGCCUACUUCCGGCGAUUCCAUAUCUUCUGCCCCAUCCUCGAUCGUGACUCAUUCCUUCGAUCCGUACGAGACGGUAAAGUGUCGCACACCCUUUUGAGAUGCGUCUUUUUUGUGGCUUCACUCCACUGCGAAAAGUAUCUGCUGAAUUUGAUGGGCUACUCGACACGACUGGAGGCUGAAGACGAUCUCUUUGGUCGAGCUCGCGCGGCAUUCGAUGCCGACGAGGCGUCGGACAGGACCACCAUGAUUCUCUCGUCAUUUCUGUUGCACUAUUACGCUGGCAGCAGGCCGAGGAAGUAUCGGGAUGCAAUGUGGUGGAUGUCCAACGCCAUUCGCUCCGCUCAGUCCAUGGGUUACCAUCGAAGCACGAAGAAAAGCAAAAUGCCGGAAAAGGACAAGGUGCAUUGGAAGCGGAUUUGGUGGUGUCUAUACAUCCGCGAUCGACAAGUCUGUCUCUCGCUGGGACCCCCAAUGGUCAUCAACGACCUGGACUUUGACGUGGAAGAUUUGACCAUGGACGACUUCCCCAACGAAUCCAUUGACACCGCGAGAUACAUGGUCGCUCAGGCUUCUCUGAACAAGAUUGUCUCGAACCUCUUCUUCUGCCACUGCUCACCGCGCCAACUCUCCCUGAGCCACGAUCCUUCGGUACGAGAAAGGGCAAGGCAGCAGAUACAAAAUGCCCUCCAGGAGUGGCUUGCCGAUUGGCGGGAACCCGGCCCUGGGGACAACAGCCACCUUUUAAACUUGAUCCUGCAGCUCUGCUACAAUUACUAUAUCAUCAACCUGCAUCAGCGCCUUCAACGCCUCUCCGACCCGCCAUUCACCGAUCCAGAAGGCUCGAAACUCGUCCUCGAGGCUGCGGAUCGGAUUUCAGCCAUCGUCGACGAUUCGCUACUGCAUUGGACCCCGGAAAGGUUUCCAUUAAUCUACGUAUCAGCCAUCUUUAGCGCCAUGACUGCACAGGUUGCCGAUUGCGGCAUCGCAUGUUUCGAGCCCGCCAACUUCUCACGCAGACUGCGCUCGCCCCUCCUUGCUCUGAAACAGUUUGAGCAGUGCUAUGUCGUGGCGCAGUGGAUCCGACACCUCUUCAUGGGAAUGGUAGGCCGGAAUCAACCUCGGCAAUCUCAGAUCCAGUCGGCCACCACUGAUCAACCUCAUCCGCCGGACAGGCCUGAGAAGGGACUGAGAACCGAGCUCCCGUGUCAGGCUUCACGGUCUCCCGCAAACGAGGACAUCACUCCUGCCCUGUACCGGGGCAACGAUACUACAGAAUCUCUUUGUAGUCUUUCUACAACGGCCGGUCAGCUUCCGAACUCGGCGACGGUGCGUGAUCUGCACCGCUUCCCCGAUUCAGGCCCCAGUCUUGAUGUUGAUAUGGAGGCUCACGUCGCCUCGGACGACUACUCACCGCAUAGAACUAUGUCGACCUCUGUGCCCGCAAUAUAUCUGGGUCGCUGCGUGCCAAAUUCUGCUUACACAAGGGAUGGCGAUGAUAACUACCCUACCAAUCCGGAUCCGAUCGAUUGGACAGAUUUACCUUUCUUCGAAGCCAGAGGGUGCCAUCAGAGCCUACACGUUCUGGCUGAUCUGGGGUUGACUGAAGAUCCCAGCAAUGCCUGGAUUCAUGGCGAAUUGAGUUCGUUCCAGCUCGCAGAUGACAACCAUUGGACAGGCGCGAAAUGA